CACCGAUGACGCAGUUCAAGCAUGCCGGUGGACGGAGGAUGUUGAGGUGAGCUCUCUGAAUACUCCUUACCAGAACCUUAGCAGCUGUACAAACUCACAGGAGCUUGAAACCAGCCGCUGUGCACCGGAGCCUCUGGCCUGAAGCCCGCCUUGGCUUUUCUCUGAAGCCCAUAAUGGAACCUAAGCUGUACCGGCUCCCUCUAGAGGUCCGGGGUAUGACCUCUCUGGACAAAGAGGCCUUCACACAGACCAUCACAGUCCCAGCCCUACGGGUGCCCACUGGGGUCCUAAAUAAAGUCGUAAAGAGUCUGAAAAAGUCGACCAUCCAGCGCCCAGGAGUGCCCAGAGUGGUUCAAGACAAAGAGGAGAGCAGUGAUUUUCGUUUAGUCCUCUUGGACCCUCACAGUGUGUCCUCAUUAAGCUCCUUUAGUGAAGCCGAAGCUGAAGCUCUGAGGUCGUUUGGUGUUGCUGAGGAGCUGCACUACUAUGAGCUGAGGCUGACCUACGACAACCUGAAGAGUGAAGAAGUGCUGGAAGCUGUGCUGCCUCAAGGACAAGACGUGACCUCUGCGUUCAGCCGGGUGGGACACAUCGCUCACAUGAACCUGAGAGACCACCAGCUGCCGUACAAGAACCUCAUAGGUCAGGUGAUCAUGGACAAAAAUCCUGGCGUCACCUGUGUGGUCAAUAAGAUGAACAUAAUUGACUCUACUUACCGCAACUUCAAGAUGGAGGUGCUGGCUGGAGAGGAGAACAUGGUCGCCAAAGUAAAAGAAAACGGGAUGACAUAUGAGUUUGAUUUUUCUCGUGUAUACUGGAACCCUCGGCUGAGCACCGAGCACCAGCGAGUGGUGCAGCUCAUCAAACGUGGUGACACUGUCUUUGAUGUGUUUGCUGGUGUGGGACCCUUUGCCAUCCCAGCUGCCCGCUUGGGUGCCAGCGUGUUAGCCAACGAUCUCAACCCAGAGUCCUAUCAGUGGCUGCAGCACAACUGCAAGCUUAACAAGGUGGAGAGCAAAGUCAGAAGCUUCAAUCUGGACGGCAGAGCGUUCAUCCAGGGACCUCUGAAGCAGGAGCUGCCUGCACUGCUGAAGGGAAAAGCCAGUGUUCAUGUGGUGAUGAACCUGCCUGCUUUGGCUCUGGAGUUCCUGGAUGCAUUCAGAGGCCUCCUGCACCAGGAGCCUCCCACUGACGAAAACCUACCAACAGUUCACUGCUACGGCUUCUCUAAAGACAAUGACCCUGACACUGAUGUGGUGAAGAGGGCUUCUUGCAGCCUCGGAUUCCCUCUGGAGGACAGAUGCUCGGUACAUUUUGUGCGUAAUGUGGCACCCAACAAAGAUAUGAUGUGUGUAAGAUUCACGCUCCCUAAGGAGGUCCUCUACUGCCGCGAUGAUGAACACACAGAACCAUCCAAGGAACCGGCCCCAAAGAGACAGAAGUGUGAAGAAACCACACAUUCAUCAUCAUAAUCAUUUUGACCUGGCACUAUGAGGCGUGCAAGGAAACAUUUGAGUUAUUUUUUUAAUUGACAAAUGCUCUUAUUACAUCGUCAUAAGAAGUCAUGACUCAGCUUCAGCUCAGUAAAUUAAUUUCUUGUGUUUGUACCAAAACCUGUUAUCAUUGUUAUUAUUCUUAAAUGCUGAGUUGGUUCAUUUUUAAAUAAAUCUGUAAAAUGAUGGA